AUGCCGGGCAGGCUGCAAGGGUCACCCCAUCGCUGCUAUCUGGCAGCGUGGUCCUAUCAUCAGGUGCCGGCCUUCGGGCCGGCUAUAAAGACGCGCCGGGAUGCGGCGUGCUCCCGGAGGCAGCCCCGCUCCCACGCCAUGCUGCGGGCCACCGUCAAGCUGUGCUGCGGCAUCGCCCACGACCACCUCCGCCGCCUGCCCGGCUUGAAGAUAACAGCCGUUGCGGCAGUACAGAAGGACGUGAGAGGGCUGGUGGUAAAAGGCUCCCGUCGCCUGCCUUCCAAAAUUCCUCGUUAUAUUCAGAGGCUGAUGGGGAAGGAGACAGCCACGUGCCCAGAGUCUGACGGAGACAUCAGCCCCAGCCGGUUCUCCAGCAUGGACCUCUCCUACAUCACCCAGGGAGAAACAGCCCUGCAGCGAGCGCUGAGCAUCCUGCAGCAGCACACCAGCUGGCAGGCAGAAACGAUGCUGGAUGCCGGGGCCACCGUGUCCAGCGCUGCCCUCCCUGGGCUGGGCAAGGUGUUUCGGGCAGAGGUGGUCCUGGCCGUGCCAGUGGCACGGCUACACCGGGAGCUGUUCGAGAGGAUCGAGCAAAUGCCCCAGUGGAACCCGACCCUCAGCCAGGUGAAGGUCCUGCAGCGCGUCGGGACGGACACGCUGGUGACGCACGAAGUCACCGCUCCCAGUCCGGGCAACCUGGUGGGCCAGCGGGACUUCGUCAGCGUGCGGCACCGCGGGAGGAGGGAGACGGCCGUCUACCUGGUGGGCACCACCACCCACGUCGAGCCGCUGCCCUUGCAGGAAGGGUGCAUCAGGGCCGAGUCCCGGCUGAGCUGCAUCGUCCUGCAGCCGCUGGCGGGGGACCCCGACCGUACCCGCUUCACCUGGCUCCUCAGCAUGGACCUGAAGGGCUGGAUCCCCACGUCUGUCAUUAACCGCGUCCUGCCGCAGUCCCAAGCGGACUUCAUCGAGCAUCUCCGCCGGCACCUCUCGGCCGCCACGUGCCCCUGA